AGGGACUCUGUUAAAUGGAGCUAAGACAGGCUGGCAGACUAUGCACAUUUCUGCUCCCCAUGCACAGGACCCACCUGCGGGGAGGGCCCUUCUCUUCUGAACAUCUGGGAGGAAACCUCUUCUACCAGCUGCAGGAUGGGCAGCGGCAGAAGGAAGGUCAUCUGGAUUCUGUGCUCUCUGCUUCUUCUGGAAGCCACCUCUGCCAAGAACAUCUGGAAACGGUCAUGGUAUGCGAGCCUGCCUAAGAAAUCCCACGCCCAGGAGGAGAAUGGGCCCGAGGAGCCCGAGGAGCCCGAGGAGGACAGUUGCCCGCCGCCCCCGCGCUCGCAGCCGCCUGGAGCCUGUCAGGUGGUGCGCUGCCGGGCCGACUUGGACUGUUAUUUCGGCCAACGCUGCUGCUACAACGGCUGCACCUACACCUGCCUGGAGGUGGUGCCGCCCCCGCCAGUUGUAGAUUGGCUGGUAGAGCCGAAACCUCUGUGGCUCGGUGGCAACGGCUGGCUCCUGGAUGGCCCUAAGGAGGUGUCACAAGUAGAGAUCUGCAGCACCACAGCGGACGGCGUGGAGCCACUCCUGUGUCCCACAGGCUAUGAGUGCCACAUUGUGCUACCGGGGGACAAGGCCAAGGGCAUCCCCAACCACGGGCACUGCGUCAAGCAGCGCCAACAAGCAGAUCUUCCUCCCUGUCCCUUCGUCUGUCCGUGACCCUGGCCUUCAACCCCAGCUCUGCUGCCUCCUAAGUGGUUGACCUUGGGGUCAAGUGCUUCAGUCUCUGAGCUGCAGGUUCCUCCUCUGUAAAAUGGGGCCACUUUAUGCUGUCAUGGGGAUUCAUUUAAAUUGUACAUGUUAAGGGCUGAGUAAACAUCUGAUAUUUUAUAUCUAUGUUUUGAACUGCCUGAGAACCCUUACUCUCUGCUAGGACCAUUCUAUGUGACUUAAUUAGUUUUUGUCUUCGGGGAGAAAGGCAAAUGGACCGGUGAGGGGCAUAAUAGCAUCAUUUGAGUUUGCAUAAUUUCCCCAAGAAGGGCAAGGACAACAGAGCAAGGACUGAUGACAGUAUCUAAAAUCCACGGGUGCCUGAUGCAAGACAUAAGGUUAAGAGGUUUGGUGUGAAUUCGGAAGAAAUGUGUGGCAAGCAAAGCAGCUGGAACUCCAGGGAAACGUAAGGUGGCUUACCAAAGGCGAACUGUUUGGAACUCCGGAUCCACACACUCGGGGGCCCACGCCCUCACGUCUGCAUCUCCGAGCUCACAGACAGCGCCCUCAGUCUCGUCAAUUGCAGUGAUCCUAUUGGCCAAAAGAACACACCAGAGGGCAUGGUCUGCCAAAGCUUUUUUUAUUUUUUUCUGACUUGAGAAUGUAUUUCUCUGAAGUGUUUCAAGAAAGACAUACACAUUAAACCAGUUACACCUUUAGCAACAUUAUCAUCGCAAAUAAUAAAAUUAUGAGACAUUAGAGCUGUCUUGAGAAUCCUGAUCCCUGGAAUUCUGAGCUUUGAAAAAAAAAAUUGCCCAUGAAAGGAUUUGAACCAAUUAGGCAUCGUUGCGA